AUGCUCGGCCGACUGGCCGCGCGGCGGCCCCGCCUAGGCAGCGCCCGCGCCGCCGCUGCCUACCGCUCCUCGGCGGCGGCAGCCUCCUCCUCGGUCCUGCCCGACGCGCUCGACCGGAGCUCCGACGCCUACGCCCGCAACGCCGCCGCCGUCGGCGGCCUCCUCUCCGACCUGCGCUCCCGCGUCUCCCAGGUGCGUGCGCGCGCGCGUGCCGCCGGUCUCUUUACCCUUGCAUUACCCGACACCUUCCCUCUCUCUCUCUCUCUCCUGACGAGGCGGAGGGCGCUGCCGCUGCAGGUGCUGGGCGGCGGAGGAGCGGGGGCGGUGAAGCGGAACGAGGGGCGGGGGAAGCUGCUCCCCAGGGACCGCAUCGACCGCCUGCUCGACCCGGGGGCCUCCUUCCUCGAGCUCUCUCAGCUUGCAGGAUCUGAUGUUUACGAGGAAGCAUUACCAUCAGCGGGAAUAAUUACUGGCAUAGGGCCUGUUCAUGGACGACUAUGUAUGUUUGUGGCCAAUGACCCAACUACAAAGGGGGGUACAUACUAUCCUAUCACUGUCAAAAAGCAUCUGCGGGCGCAGGAAAUAGCUUCUGAAUGUAAAUUGCCCUGCAUAUAUCUUGUUGACAGUGGAGGUGCUAAUCUCCCCAAGCAGGCAGAAGUUUUCCCCGACCGUGAUAAUUUUGGUCGAAUAUUCUACAAUCAAGCUAAGAUGUCCGCAGAUGGUAUUCCUCAGAUUGCUGUAGUUUUAGGUUCUUGUACUGCUGGCGGGGCUUAUAUUCCUGCAAUGGCUGAUGAAAGUAUAAUAGUUAAGGGAAAUGGAACAAUAUUUCUAGCUGGUCCACCCCUUGUAAAGGCUGCUACAGGGGAGGAGAUAUCUGCUGAGGACCUUGGUGGAGCAUCAGUGCAUUGUAAAAUAUCAGGAGUCUCUGAUCAUUUUGCACAAGAUGAACACCAUGGUCUUGCACUGGGAAGGAACGUUGUGAAGAACCUCCAUUUGGCCGCUAAAGAAACAAGUAGACACAAUUCUGCUUGUGAUUACCAAGAACCAUUGUAUGAUGUACAGGAACUUCGCUCAAUUGCACCAGCUGAUACGAAGCAAUCUUUUGACAUUCGCUCAAUAAUAGCUCGUAUAGUCGAUGGAAGUGAAUUUGAUGAAUUCAAAAAAUUGUAUGGAACAACACUAGUGACUGGUUUUGCAAGGAUAUGCGGGCAGCCAGUUGGGAUUAUUGGAAACAAUGGCAUUUUAUUUACCGAGUCGGCACUAAAGGGUACCCACUUCAUUGAGUUGUGUGCUCAACGCAAUAUUCCUUUGAUAUUCCUUCAAAAUAUUUCUGGGUUCAUGGUUGGGUCGAAAUCUGAAGCAAGUGGAAUUGCGAAAGCUGGAGCAAAAAUGGUUAUGGCAGUUUCCUGUUCAAAGGUUCCUAAAAUUACCAUAAUUGUCGGUGGAAGUUUCGGUGCUGGGAAUUAUGGAAUGUGUGGACGUGCAUACAGCCCGAAUUUUUUGUUCAUGUGGCCAACUGCUAGGAUAUCUGUUAUGGGUGGCAUUCAGGCAGCUGGUGUUCUCGCCCAAAUAGAGAAGAACAACAGGAAAAGGCAAGGAGUGGAGUGGACCAAGGAUGACGAAGAAGCCUUCAAAGCCAAAGUCGUCGAGGCUUAUGACAAAGAAGGAAGCCCGUACUACUCGACCGCUAGGCUUUGGGACGACGGGAUCAUAGAUCCCGCCGAUACCAGACGGGUCCUAAGCCUUUGCCUCUCUGCUUCGGCCAAGCCGGUUCCAGAAGACACGAAAUAUGGCGUGUUUCGAAUGUAA